AGAUUAGUCGACAUUUUUAUUUGGUUCCAACGGAUUUUGUUUUUUCGUUCAACAUUUGUAUGAUUUGUUAGGUUCCUUAUUACUAUUUAGUGACAUUAUUGACUGUACUGCUAUGUGUGCUUUAUUAGUUAUAGAUUUUACAAACGAGUUGAAUUACAAAACAGCCUUGGGAAGUGUUGUUUUUUUUUUUACAUUCAUAGCAUUCUAUCGCGUCGAAAACUACAACUCCCAGGGCCACCUUGCGCGAAGGAGUGGUACUUUUACGAAGUCUGAUUUUAGCGCAGUCAUACAAGCGUACAGUUGCCAUAUCUUCAUCACAUGUCCGCACAGGGUAAUACUUGAUUUUCAGUAUCUCUGAAUUUCAGAAUGAUGUUUGCUGAACUGUAGUAGUGCUUGCCAAAGCUAUAGCUUAAGAUCGGGAGCCCGGCGCGUGCCCUGAUACCCAUGAUGCACCAGUGUAGUCCAAGUUGCCUUUCUCACUACCGAGUUAUUCCGUGGGUGCCGCUGCAGUUGGUUAGUUCGAGGACACUGAGUUGUCGGGACAGGCUGUUUAUGCCUCUGAAGUAAUGGCGUCUACAUGGUUGAGACUAAAGGAAUUUUAUGACUGGGCUCUACAAAAUGGAGACGAACGAACAGAUCCAUGGUUUUUGGUUUACAGUCCUGCUCCAGUGACGACUGUAUUUUUCAUGUAUCUUUUUGUGGUAUGGUUUGGGCCUAAGCUCAUGGAAAACAGAAAAGCAUUUGACCUAAAGGCUGUGUUAAUCACCUAUAAUUUUUCUUUAGUUGGUUUAUCCAGCUAUAUGUUUUAUGAGUUUUUGGUGACCUCGCUACUAGCAAACUACAGCUACCUGUGCCAGCCCGUUGACUACAGCAGCAGCAGCAAGCUAGGAAUUCGAAUGGCAAAAGUGUGUUGGUGGUUCUACAUUUCCAAGGUUGUAGAGCUCCUUGAUACGGUAUUUUUCAUUUUGAGGAAGAAAAACAACCAAAUCACCUUUCUCCAUGUUUAUCAUCAUUGUACAAUGAUCUUUAAUUGGUGGGCUGCUGUGAAAUAUGUGGCUGGUGGACAGUCAUUUUUUAUUGGCAUGCUGAAUUCAUUUGUGCAUGUUGUGAUGUACCUGUAUUAUGGACUGGCUGCUAUGGGACCCCAAAUGCAAAAAUACCUUUGGUGGAAGCGUUACUUGACUAUCCUCCAGAUGGUCCAGUUCUUUGGAAUUGCUGCUCACACGUUCUACAAUCUCUUCAGUGACUGUGAUUAUCCGGAUGGAUUCAAUCUUGUUGUGUGCCUUUACAUUGUCAGCUUGAUUUUACUGUUUAGCAAUUUCUAUUAUCGGUCUUAUGUUAGACAUAAUAGAAAAGAGGAAUGA